AUUUAACUAUUUAAGUCUCUCAAGUGGUGGUAGCUUGACGAGAAGGGUGCGCAGGAUAAGCGAAUCUUCGUUCAGUACUAGUAAGCGCAGGUUAAGCUAUUAGAUACAGAGACAGGGAAAAAAACGAAAACAAACCUAAAAAACUUAAAUAGAAAGGAACUAAGGAAAAAGAAAACCAGAGAGAGAUUUUCCGAGUUCUCGUUAAUGAUCGAUGUCGAAGAUGAAGCAUCUGCUCAGAAAGCUCCAUAUCGGUGGUGGCAUCAAUGACCACCAACGAUUAGGCGACGCCCGACCCGUGGCUAACCCGAGUGCCAGCCCAAACCCCUUAUCAUCGUCAGCAACGUCUCCUUCGUCUUCAAAUGUUAGAACUGGAGCCGUUGAAUCGCCUGGAGGGGAUCGGGUGGCUGCAGGGGAUGGGAAUAGUGGUAUGGAUUUUAAUUUAUUAGAAGAGGAGUUUCAGGUUCAGCUGGCUUUGGCAAUUAGUGCCUCGGAUCCAAAUUCACUUGACGAUCCGGAGUCAGCUCAGAUCGAUGCCGCCAAGCGGAUUAGCCUUGGGUGCCCCGUCGCGCCGGUUCCUGUCACCGAUGCUCUAGCCGAGUCUCUCUCGCGUCGGUAUUGGAGUUUGUGGAAAGAAACUAUUGACUGGAGGGAAUUGAGUAGUCUGUGCUAUAGCUAUAAUGUUGUGAACUAUAACGAUAAAGUGCUGGAUGGCUUUUAUGAUGUAUCUGGUGUUACCUCAAAUUCAGUCGUUCAAGGAAAGAUGCCAUUAUUAGUGGAUCUGCAAGCAAUAUCUGUCUUUGAUAAUGUUGAUUAUGAAGUGGUAUUGGUAAAUCGCAUUGUUGAUCCUGAACUGCGGGAGCUUGAGAGAAAAGCUUAUAUAAUGUCCUUGGAGAACCGAGUCUCUGAUGGCUUGCUUUUAAGUGGCUUGAUACAGAAACUUGCUGAUCUUGUUGUUAAUAGAAUGGGUGGUCCAGUCGGUGGUGCUGAUGAGAUAUCAACAAGGUGGACCCGGAGAAGCUAUGAGUUACGGAAUGCUUUGAAAUCUGUCAUUCUUCCCCUUGGACAGAUUGAUGUUGGACUUUCUCGUCACAGGGCUUUGCUUUUUAAGGUGCUAGCUGAUAGAAUUAAUCUUCCAUGCAUGCUGGUUAAGGGGAGCUACUAUACUGGCACUGAUGAUGGAGCUGUAAAUUUGAUUAAGAUUGAUGAUGGAAGUGAAUACAUUAUUGAUCUGAUGGGUGCUCCUGGAACACUAAUUCCUGCUGAGGUGCCCAGCAGCCAUCUCCCAUGUCCUGGAUUUGAUAUAACGGGCUUUGCUGAUCUUACAGAUGCUGCCAAAGAUUCAUCUUUGUUGCUGGGUGAAGGACCCAGGGUUCAGGCACUGCCACCUAAUGUGGAUAGGAUUCCCCAGGUUGGCAACUUAAGGACGGAAGAGGCAUUACUUGUGGGCUUUAAAACUAACGAGGUUAAUGCAAACCUGGUUGAAAAAGCUCAAAUUGAGACAUUUGAACGUGAGUUUGGAAUGCUUUUCCCAUUGUCUCAUAGAUCUCACGAGGACUCAUCAGGGAAUGGAAGGCAAUCAUCGGCUGAAAACAUUAAAGUUAAAAAUGUCUCAAAAUAUGUUAUAUCUGCUGCAAAAAAUCCUGAAUUUGCUCAGAAAUUACAUGCUGUGCUGUUGGAGAGCGGGGCAUCACCUCCUCCAGAUUUAUUUUCAGAUACAAAUCAGCAGGAUCAGGGUAAACAAAAGGUUUUUGAAAAAAUUCAUCCAAAAAAUGGGGUAAACAUAGAUGAUGAGUUUCAUUGUUAUUCUGACAAGUUAUUGGCAAGGCAUGCAGAAUAUGCUGUAUCCUUAACUGCAGAAAAUACUGAACAAGGAUUGCCUGCUGAGGGGCCAGCUAAACAACAAAGGGAAUUGGAAACGAAUUUUCUCAAAUCUCAAGUGUCUUUCCCUUCUGAUGCUACUCAUGAGGGAUUUAUAGUUUUUGAUAGUAGAACCAAUGAAAAACAGCAUCUAGGUGCUGUAAGUGUUGAUACUGUUCCUCCUAACUCACCAGGAUUGCUUGGAAGGACGAUGCAUGGGAAUCAUGUCCAUGGAUCUUCCUUGUCCUCAGCAUUGGACUUUUGCCAAAUACCACCUGAAGAUACCUUAGUUCGUGAUAAUAAGCGGUGCUUCCCUGAUGAGCUUGGAAGGGUCUUGAACAUGGAAACAGGCAAAGAAUCUGCUAUGAAGUCAACUGAAACAUUCAACAGUGGUCUGCAUAUUUCUUGCAAUGGUUACAGUGAGAAAAUUCACCCAGUGCUUGGAGAAGUUGCAGAAUGGGAAAUACCAUGGGAAGAUCUUCAGAUUGGGGAACGCAUCGGCAUAGGUUCAUAUGGUGAGGUCUACCAUGGAGAUUGGAAUGGCACUGAAGUUGCUGUGAAGAAAUUUUUGGACCAAGAUUUAUCUGGAGAUGCAUUGGUCCAGUUCAAAUGUGAAGCUGAAAUCAUGUUAAGAUUAAGACAUCCUAAUGUUGUUCUGUUCAUGGGAGCAGUUACUCGCCCCCCACAUUUGUCAAUACUGACAGAGUUCCUGCCCAGGGGUAGUUUAUAUAGGUUAUUGCAUCGUCCUAAUUCUCAACUCGAUGAAAAGAGGCGAAUGCGAAUGGCUCUUGAUGUGGCCAAGGGAAUGAACUACUUGCACACAAGCCAUCCUCCUAUUGUGCAUCGCGAUUUGAAGUCUCCAAAUCUCCUUGUUGACAAAAACUGGGUUGUUAAGGUCUGUGAUUUUGGAUUGUCACGCCUGAAGCACCAUACUUUUCUGUCCUCAAAGUCAACUGCUGGAACGCCUGAAUGGAUGGCACCUGAAGUACUAAGGAAUGAACCAGCAAAUGAAAAAUGUGAUGUGUACAGUUUUGGUGUAAUAUUAUGGGAGCUAGCCACUUGUCAAAUUCCCUGGAAAGGCUUGAAUCCGAUGCAAGUCGUAGGAGCUGUGGGAUUCCAGAACAAACGUCUUGAGAUUCCAGAGCAUGUUGAUCCAGCUGUUGCGCAGAUAAUACAUGAUUGUUGGCAAAGGGAGCCACAAUUACGGCCCUCUUUUUCACAACUCAUACCCCGUCUGCGUCACAUUCAACGUUUAUGCGUUGAAAGAACGUAACAUACAAAUGCAAGCAACAUACAGACUGAAACAUUACAAAUGUAGCUUUAAAGUUGUUUCUGAGCUCAAAGAGCUGGAGCAGCCAGAAGGUUUAUUUUAAUUUUAUUUUUACUUAUUUGAUGCCAAGUAAGAGCAUACUGGACGGGAAAGUGUUAGUUCAUUCAAAGUGGGGACUCAGCACAAACCCCCGUUGGUUCAACCCAGAGUGGAGAUCCUCCUAAUUGUUAAUCUAUCUGCAUAAGUGCAGUGGAGGAGGAUGCCGUUGGGAAGUUGCUUUAAGCAGCAUAAAUAGUUAUUGUCAAUCUUACAUGUAAGAAAAUCAGAGUAAAAAAGAAAAGGAAAAAAGAAAAAAGAAAAAAAAAAUAUUUCAAUUUAAUUUUCUCUCUACAUUGAGAUAAUGUCUGGGGAAGCAAUCCCCACUGCGGAAUUGUAAACGUGUGAUCUCUACAGGUCAUUGUGGUAAAGAAAAAAAAAAAAAAGAAAAAGAAAAGCUUAUGAAGUGUUUAUAUUUAUUUCAUAAUUCUGUUUUACUUGCAGAAUUUGUAAUGAUUUUUAACUGUGAAUUUCAAUGUAGAUUGUAAUUGCGACUGUAAAGUGAGCAGACUAAAUUACUUGAACAAACUUUGGGCAUAAA